AUGGUUUGGGGCAAGAUUACAGCAACACUUCACAUUGGUCUUAGGCUACUACCCUCAGAGGCUGCUUGCUCUCCCACAGCCCACAAAGACAUUGUGUCCUGGUGGUUUUUGGCAAUGGAUGCCAACACCAUCAUCAUCAUCACUGCCAGCGGAACCAUGAACAACCAACUCACACGCUGCUCAAAGAAAAACGGAUACAUCAAUACGUGUUUUGUUUGGUUGCCAAGAAUAAAAUUUAUUUCCACUCGCAAACUAUUUCCUAUUGGAAAUCAUGGUACUAUAGCAUUGAGCUAUCAAAGGGAUGGGGCAAGCAAUUUAAAUAUAAAUCAUUUUAAUAUUUUAUCUGUGAAUAUCAGAAGCAUAUCGUCAAUUGCGAAAUUUAACAAAUUUCGGUCUUUAAUUAGUAGCUUACGUAUAUUACCUGCAGUUCUUGCUGUUCAAGAGACUUGGUUUAGUAGCGAUGUUGCACAAAUUUACAACAUACCAGGCUAUAAAGUCAUACAUUGUUGCCGAUCCGACGGAUAUGGUGGUACUUCGGUAUUUAUAAGGGAGCAUCUACAAGUUUUAGACGUACAAUGUGAAAGUUUGGGUUUUAUAGAUUCUAUUGUUUUAAAGCUAAGUGACUUUAAAAUCCAAGGGAAACCUCUUGCCAUCGUCUCGUAUUAUAAAUCACCAAAAUGCAACAGAUUAAAUUUUAUGAAUUUUUUGGAGAAAAUACUAAAUUUGUAUGCUAGAAAUCCAAUAGUUUUUUUCGGUGAUGCGAAUAUAGAUGCACUCGAUGUGUCUUUUGAUGAUGUUUCCAAUAUGCUGCUAAAUUUUGAUUUGAGAAAUUGUCACACUUUGGUGACGCGGCCCCAUAGUAACGCAAGUCUUGACCAUGUUUACACCAAUGUUAGAAAUCCCUUAAGUAUUUAUUCCGUAGAAUGUAAUUUGAGUGAUCAUAACAUUAUAUUUUGUGCUAUUGAUUCCAUUUAUCAGAUUCAAAACGCCGUACAAAAUGUUUUUUCUAAAUGUGAUUAUGAAAUGUUAAAGAGAUCAGCCGAAGGAAGUUUUGGAUCAUUUUCCUGCAUCGGUGACCCAUCGGUAGAUGCAGAAAAUUUGAUAGGGCACAUUCAAUUGGCGAUUGAUAACUCAACGAUUUCAAGAGAUCGCAGUACAUCACUUAGAUCUAAAAUAUCUCCUUGGCUUAAUGGGAAUUUACUCAAACUGAUAGAAUACAAGAAUCGACUACUGAAACUAAGAAGAAGGGAUCGGAAUAAUAUUCGUAUAAAUAGUCAACUGAAAGGGAUAAGCAAAGUUAUUCGAAAGGCCCACAAGGAAUCUAUGAAUAAUUAUUAUGUUGUUAACUUAAAAAAUUUCCAGAAUGAUUCGAAAAGAACUUGGAGAUUCUUGAAUGACACUUUAGGGAGAAAUUGUGAAAAGGACAUUAAUUUUGCUGACAGUGCUGGUAAUUCUUUGGACAAUGAUCUGGAUAAAGCUGAGAUAAUGAACCAACAUUUUUUGAAGUCAGUUCAGGACUUGAAACGUGCAAUUCCAGUUGAACAGUCUGAUCACUUUAAUUCUUUGGGUACAUUGGCACACUACCAAUGUUUAUUCACACUGCGUUAUACUACUCUUGAAGAGAUUGAAAUAGAAAUAUCAAAUUUAUCAUUGAAUAAAAGUUGUGGACAUGAUAGGGUCUCCUCAAAGGCGAUAAAGGUAUGUACUAGGAAUAUCGCGCCGCACCUGGUUGACAUAUUUAAUAGCAUGGUUGAUACGAAAAUGUAUCCUGACAUUUUGAAAAUCCAUAGGGUUAUUCCAAUACCAAAGGGGAAAAAAACUCUAGGUAUUAAUAACUUCCGACCGAUAUCAGUGUUACCAGUCGUUAAUAACAUUUUUGAAAGGAUUAUUGGUCGUCAAAUUUCUAUAUACUUCGAGACCAAUAAUAUUCUAUGUGACAAUCAGUUCGGGUUCAGGAAAGGUUGUGGAACCGAGGAAGCGGUAGUCAAUGUCCAAAAUUAUAUGUGUAAUUUAUUGGAUAAAGGUAACACCGGCGUUGUUGGUAUUUUCUUCGAUUUAUCGAAAGCCUUCGACAUGAUUGAACAUGACAUUCUUUUGGGAAAACUGGGAUAUUAUGGUAUUUGUGGCAAUGAAUUAGAAUUGUUUGCUUCUUAUUUGCGAAAUAGGAAACAAUUUGUUCAGGUACAGGACUGCAAGAGUGAACUGGCUUCAGUGGAUUAUGGAGUGCCUCAAGGUAGUGUAUUAGGCCCCCUACUGUUUUUGACAUACAUAAAUGACCUGAAUAAAUUACAAUUGACCGGUCAUCAUACAAUUUGCUUUAGGAGAAAUCAAAAUUCAUUUAAUACGAGAAAUAAUCAACUUUUGCGAAUACCGUUAUGCCGCACGGAGACAACAAAGCAACGUAUUGAAUUUUCCGGCUCCAACGAAUUUAAUAAUUUGCCAAAUGCUGUUAAAUCAUCGGAUGUUCGCAAGUUGUUGGGCUCUUUAGUGUGGUUGGGUUUAACCGUUGGAAAACAUCUAUGUUUGAAAACGUCUAUCAAUGUCGGUCUGUCGGUCGGUAUUUCAACACAAGAACCGAAACAGAACAGCAACAGCCGACAAAAACGCCAACAUGCCAGCACUAACAAUAACAUCAACUACUACGUACAACUCCACAAUGAAAACGAAAAACUCAAAGUUGGAACAAAUUAA